AUGCUUGGCCGGCGCAGUCCACCGCCCUGGGAUCCGUUGUCAAGUGGUGGACCUGACGUGAUGCGUAAUGAAAAUCCUGGAAUCACACGAAUUGAUUCAGGUCGACAUAUGCCUGUGAGAGAGGCUGUGCCGCUUCCGAGAAGUGGGACCCACACUUCCCAUGUUCCUGGUCCCACGCCAUGGCGUCCAACACGUCUGGCGAUGAUCACACCUGUACAAGAUUAUGAUAUGAAUACUUCACUACCCACUCCCCCACCAUCUCCACCACCUGUGCAUACCACUCCCGACCAUCAUGAAGACACAGCGAUACGAAUCGACUCUCCCACACCACUCAACGUGCCGACUACCUCUGAACUUCGCUCGGUGCUUGAUCAUGCGUCCAAGUUUGGUGUGCCUGGUACUCCAGAUAUGAGUCCUGCGAAUUUGGACGCGCGGCAUUCUCCGACUGCGACGGCCGAAGCAUUCGUUCGUCGAGCCUUUGUUGACUGGAAUACAACGGGCUCGUACCAAGCAGAAGAUGCAGGAGUAGAGCUCCUGUGUCCUGGCUGGACGGGCGCCGUGAUUCAAAAGCACUCGCAUGACCUACCCGGCGGGGUUGACCGCGCUCUGUACGUCCAGUUACCUCUCGCGUUUGAUCGAUCGCGACUUCGUGACAACAUGCUUCGUAUCCUCGAUAUGGCGUCAGACAGUGCGUCUGCUUCGCGAGUUGUCUUUUGUCUGGAGCGAAAUACUCUAGACUUGGCCUCGCUGCUGCAUGGUAUGUGCUAUGUGGGUGGACAUCUCAGUUCUAUGCAUGGUCAGCGUGACGAAUGGCUUCAGGCCGUCCCGCUCACCUCCCUUGUGCUCGUAACCGUGGUUCUGUGA